AUGGCAGCCAACACCUCCGAUGGGCUGAUCAAUGACGAUAUGGGCAAUCGCCGCGACAGACCCUUUAUCUAUCCGUCGAGUCGAAAGCUACGGCACUUACAAGGCGUGUCCGUACGGAACCUUGUUAUUGACCCCCCGAGCAGGGUUCGAGGGAAGACGAUCGACGAUGAGGAUAUUCCAAACUCCCUGGAGACGCCAUCCAAGAUUCUCGCUCAAUAUGCCGGCCGGUCCCUACAUCAUUCGCGCUCGUUCACAAAAUUGAAGUCUUCCCCCGCACCGGGCGACCAGAUUGUCCAUCCUGAGUCGCGACUCCCUUUGCGACAGGCCCGCCGAAAGAGUACUCUGCCAUGGAGCGACCCAAACCCACAAACGAGACAGGUGAAACUGGAGGACAUUACGCGUAGCCGAAUGGCAAACACUUGGUUCUCGAUCCAUUGCGACGGCAUCGAUGAGCCUGUGUACGUGAGCGAGGUCGUGGAGGAUGCGAUGAAUCCUAACUUCCGUGCUUUUGAUCUCAAUUUCUGCGGUCCACUAGUCUCGCGUUUAGAUCAUCUUACUCUAAGAUUAUGGGUGAAAACAGCGACGAUGGAUGACUAUAUUGUGCUUGUGGAAUUACAACUGCACUUACAAUCCCUCCAGUUUUUGGGACGAUCGCUGGACAACUUCCACCAACCCCUGCCUUCGAAUUCCAUUCUUUUCCAUUUCCCAGAUGGUGUGUAUACAAAUUUGACUGAUAUCCCGCCAGUAUGGGCACCGUUUUCUACAUCGAGUUCCAAGUCAAGCGAUUCAGCGGCCCUACCGACCUCAUCGUACGACGCACUGAUGCGGCUUGCGAACUUGGACGAAUGCAUACAGGAUGCUUUAAUAACUAGAGAAAGGCUGGAAUCUCAAAUUAGUACAAUUCUGGAGAAAAACCAGCAUGCCGUUGAGACGACAAGCGACGCGUCCCGGGCUCGGGACAAGCUUGCGCUCACCAAAAACGCAGUUUCAGGCGAGCGCAAACAAUUUCGCCUGGCUAGCAAACGCAAGGAAGAGCUCAUCGCUAGUAUAAAGGCUAGAAAAGAAGCUAUGGAGCGUGGGACAUCUGCCCGGGAAACGGUGCGUGGCCAUCUUCCCGACGCGCGAGUGAAGCUGGGUUCUAGCGCGAAGUUGUUGGACCAAAAUACAGAAGAAACAAAAGGCCAGAUUCGGCGCAUUUCCGAAGAUAUCCUUGACAUAUACCCGAUUGAGCCGAUUCACGAUAAGCCGCUGGCCUUCACCAUUGCUGGUAUAGCCCUUCCCAACUCAAACUUCACAGAUGUUGAUCGCGAUGCGGUGGCGGCAGCACUUGGGUAUACUGCACAUCUGGUCUAUCUGCUGUCCUUUUAUCUCUCAAUACCGGUGCCAUACCCAAUAACACCGUACCUGUCAAAUUCGUUGAUCCAGGACCCUGUGUCCACCUCUCUUCCGCAGAGGACUUACCCCCUCCACCCAGUCAACGUACAAUACCGGUUCGAGUACGGAGUGUUCCUACUGAACAAAGAUAUCGAGUUUUUGCUUAACAAGCAGGGACUGCGGGUUCUUGAUAUUCGACACACCCUUCCAAAUCUGAAAUAUCUUUUGUAUGUUCUCACAGCGCGAUCGUCGGAGAUCCCCGCAAGGAAGGCUGGAGGAAUCCGGGGAUUGCUUCCAGGACGCCUGACACCUAGUCUUUCCCGCCGAGGCAGUGAAGAUAGCGCUGUUUAUGGCGAGACUGUCAUUCCUCGACGAGGCGCGAGCCCGAUGUCGAAAUUGAAUGGGGAAGUGGCACUAGACAAGGGGAAGAAGCCGAUUACCUCCGCUCCAAGCAGUUCGGCAUCGUUUGGGGUGGCCUAA